UCAAAAUUGGUCCUUUUUACCACACAAUCAAUCAAUCAUCCGUGCAUGUAAAAGAAGAAGCUCAUGGUUUAUGGUCAAGAUGGACUGUCAUUGUACGCGACAGCAACUCGUGCGUCGAAUUCCUUCCUCGGUCGUCAUUGCAAUGGAAAGCACGUGGUGGUGUGUACAGCAAAAUGAGCCAAUCAUCUUCAGCAAUUGUUUCCGAGGCCAACCACACAGUCCAAACUACCAGGCUUCCCACAAUAAGCCGCGGCCUUAUCCCAAGCUCUUUAAGCUUGACUUCGGAACGCGCAGGGAUGAGCUGAGAAGACAGAGAGAGCCAGCGAGGAAGGGAGAGGGAGCGCCACCGUAUCCUCUCCAUCCAAGGCCGUCCAUGGCCUUCUUCACCCACUGGUACGACCUCCUCUGCCUCGCCAUGCUCGCCGGCGCUGUCCUUGUCUCCCUGUGGGGGAUCCUCCGCGGCGAAGACCGCAGCAAAAGCGGGGACGGCGAGGAGGCCGACCGAGCCAAGUACGGCGGCCUGUUGGCCAACGGCGACGGCGACGAAAGGGCAUCAAGCACGGUGCGCAGCGAGCAGCUAUGGAUGAGUCGGUGGCGCGCGCUGCAUCCCGCCUGCCUCCUCGCGCUCAGGCUGGUCGCUGCCCUCACCAUGGCCGGCGUCCUCCUGUGGGACCUGCGGACGUAUGAUUGGAGCAUCAUGCUGUAUUAUACCGAGUGGACCUUUUCAUUAGUGAUCAUUUAUUUUCUGAUUGCUACCUGUAUGUCUGCUCAUGGUUGCUGGAUUUAUGCAAAGCACGCCAAGGAAAAUGAUGAGGCAAAUGCAUUCUUUAAAAGAGAUUUUGGAGAAGAUUUACAUGCAACUUUGACUGGAACUAACAGAAACAGAAAAGCUAGCAAAUCACACAGCUUCUGUGAGCAUGAUGACAGGGAACAAAAGUUUGGAUUUUGGGGUUACCUUAUGCAAAUUGCUUAUCAGACUAGUGCAGGUGCUGUUGCAUUGACGGACAUUGUCUUUUGGGGCCUUCUAGUACCAUUUCUUUCGGUUGAGCAUUUCAAACUAGACUUGCUCAUGGGGUGCAUGCACUCCCUUAACUUUGUAUUUCUUCUCCUCGAUACUGCUCUAAACAGUCUGCCUUUCCCGUGGUUCCGGAUGGCAUAUUUUGUCCUUUGGAGCUGUAUCUAUGUAAUUUUUCAGUGGAUCCUGCAUGCAUGUGGUUUUUCAUGGUGGCCCUACCGUUUUCUCGAGCUCUCAACUCCUUGGGCUCCACUUUGGUACUUCUGCCUGGCAUUGCUCCAUGUCCCUUGCUAUGGUGUGUAUAGUCUACUUGUGACAGCCAAAAACACAUUGUUUCCAAAAAUUUUUCAUACGAGGCCCUGAGACUCACAGUUAUACAUGUAAAUUCCGAUUCUUCUUGGAGUAAUCGAUUGAAGAAGAUGUUAAUAAUGAUGCCAUUAGUUAUUUGAUCACUCAGCUUCUAUGUUGUUGAGACUUGAGAAGCAGCACUAGGGCAGUUUUAACAGCGCCGUAUAUAUAAGCUAUCUUGUUGUGGCUGAACUUUCAUACUCUGAUAUGACGAGCAUGUGGAAAUUCUCAUGUGACAUCAAAGGCUCCUCAUUCAUAACUAGUUCAUUGACUUUUUGUAAAGCUUUCACCUGAUGCUUUUAUUGGUUGAGCUGGAUGCUUAAUGCUACUAUGGAUUAUCUUGUGAUCAGCUCAUCUUGACCAGUAUGAUAGGAAAAGAGCAAGAAAAAUGUUUAUCCAAUCA